UAGCAUGUUAACACAAAAUGUUCAAGGUUAAUUAUUAGGCCCUAGACCUAGUGUAGGAGUCGGUUAGAAUUUCCAAAUGGGAUAUGGGAUGAUUUAACCAAAUUUUGGACUGUAAUCAUAAAAUUCUUAAUAAACGUUUAUGCCUUUAAAUACUCCCUUGCCAUACCCUAGUGUUGGGUAAUUUAAUGGAUAAAUGCCAUUAUAAUUUUCAACGCCAAAUUAGGGAUAUGUCUCUUAGCAAAUGAACAAUUAUUAAUAACAGCCAUUAGUUGCUUAAAAUUUAAUUUAUUCUCAACCAUAAAUCUAAUAUCAAUAAUAGCUUUAUUAACCUCCUCCAUUAUAAAUAACAUAACCAGCCUAAUUAGAGAGGAAGGUUAAUUAUAUUCCUUAGAAGAAAUAAAUAAUAAAGAUGGAAGAGUAAGAAAUUGAGGAAAUAGUUCCAGUUGAGAGAACAAUUUUAGAAUAUAUUCCUGUUUAAACAAUUAUAGGUAUGAAAUAUAAUAUAAAUUAUAGAGAAAGUACCAAUUCCUGUAGAAAUUCCUUAUGAAGUUAUGAUACCAAAACCCUAUUAAUAAGAGAUUAAGUAUCCUAAUCCACAAAACUAAUUUUAUACAGAUGAAAUGGGAAAUCCACCUAAAAAUUAUGAUGAUUUAUCGAAAAACAAAUUCCCUUCUACAACAAUUACUAGCUAUUAAUAGAAAGAAUCAAAUAAUAAUGAUGAUGAAGAUGAUGACAAUGGUGAUGAUGAUGAUGAUGAAGAAUAGAUUGAAAAAUAUACUAGAAUUAUUGAGGAAAUUAAAUAAAGGAGAAGACGAAGAAGACAAAGAUAAGGUUCAAGUUCAGAUGAUGAAGAUUAUUUCGAUUUUAGUUCAUAAUCAAAAUUAUAUGGAAAUUAAGGAAAUAGAAGUUAUGGUUAUGGUUAUGGAAAUUAAAGAUAAUCACAAACCAGAACUAGUAGGGGAUAUCAUGGAAGAGAUAAAAGUGCUAAAGAUUAUUUAAACUAAAGAAUAUGA